AUGGCCAUGACCGUCACCUGGGCCCUAGUGUUCGUCAUCAUCUGCGUGGGACUGCGUUCGCUAAAGAAGUUCUCGACCCUGAUGCUGGCCAUGCGGCUGACGCUGCUGGCGGCGUUGUGCGUGGCCUCGUCAACGCUCAGUGGAGCCGGACAUGGCGUGCUCGCGCUACUACGUCCCGACUUCUCCAAGGCCUACGCGGAAAAGACGUGGGUGUCGGCGUCGCAGCACAUGUUCCACAGCGUCGGCCUCUCCGUGGGCACGGUCACCUUCUUCGGGAGCCACAAUCAGUUCGACUGGCCUAUUCUCGGAACGGCCGUCAGAAUCGUCAUGGCGGACUUUUUGUUCGGCCUGUUCGCCGCCUGCGCCGUGUUCAGCAUCUACGGGCACCUGACCGAUGCGUUCCCUGUGGAGAUCAUCGAUGUCGCAUCCUCGGGAAUGAACUACGCGUUUGUGACCUUCCCCGAGUGCGCCGAGUCUCUGCCGUGGUCACGACUGUGGAUGUCCGCCUUCUACGUCCUGAUGGCCGUCGGCGCUCUGGGUGGCGCGGUGAGUUACAGAGCCGUGUUUUGGUCAUGCCCCACCCGCCUCAUGAGUCUGGCCUCCCUGGUGGCCAGAGCGAGCUCGUUGCACAGUGCGGCGCCAGGGUCCGAGUGGGCCAACCCGGUCAUCAUGUUCGUUUUCGGCACGGUCAUUGUGAUCGUCGGAGCAUUCGUGCUGCACGCCCUGGCCGAGAAUAAAUACGACCUGUACGCAGCCAUGGAGCCUGAGCCGGGCUACGGUCCCAAGGACCCCGACCAGCAGGCGCGGUACGUCGCCUUCAUGGCUGAAAGGAACGCCCUGUCGGCCGGUCGACAUCAUCUGUCGUCCUCAUCGAAGGCCAGCUCCGCGAGGCCCUCCAUGGUCCUCGAGAACACGAACGAGGAGAACCUCGGCGCUCAACACACCGAGGUUACCGAAUCCGCGCUCACGUUCGACGAGAAGAAGUCGUCCGACGUGAUCGCCAAAUUGGAAAGGGUGAAUGCCGCAUCUGCCGCCUUGACGUUGGCGACAACCACCACAGGUCCCACCGCCACGACGGCCGACACUCCUCGGGCCACGACGACGGCGACCAAUACGGCCGCUGAACCCACCACGGUGGCGACGCUCGGCGAUGGGAAGGACUCGAGCACCCCGAAUACGCCGGACCACGUAGAUAAAGCUAGCAAAUGAUAAGGAGUGCCGAAGUUGUAGCUCCUCUGAUUCUUGUUCUGUACGGCGAUUACGUUUCUUU